CUUCAAUUGACUUUAAUUUCCAAUUGAUAAUUAAUUUAAAGUUUAAUUUGUGGGAAAUUUUUUUUCUAAUUAGUUAAAUUGUGAAUGUUGAUUCCAUCUAUGAUUGAUUUAGAAACGAUUGGAAUCUUGAGUUGCUGGUCUAACCAAAAGUCUAAAGCUAAUAUACCAACUGAUAUGAACAAUUUUCCAUGAGAUUUUAUCUACAACUUUAAUCACCAUCAUAAACUAAUGGAGAUAAAAGAAAUGGAAACAUAAAACCACAGAAAAGCUCUAAUGAAAAUCCACUGGACUAUAAAAGGAAUGAUGGUUAAUGGAUAAGCUUUGGAAAAGGAGGAAAAGUUAACCUUUUUGUUUGUCAUCAUCAUGGAAAUUGGAUAAAAAUAACAUUGAUUGACACUGAUAAUCAAUUGAUUAGUUUCAACGAUUCUAUGGUUAUUAUUAUUAAUCUACUCUCACCCAGUGAAAGUAAUCAAUUUCUCUUGGAUGAUUUUACCAUUUACAUGUGAUCCAUAAAAGGAAUAGAUGAGAAAACAAAAACCAAAGAGAAUAAUAAAAAGUCCCAAUGGAGAGAAAGACAAAGAAAGCUGAUGUUCGUUGUUCUAAUAAUCAAAUCAAAUUAGAAUUAACAAAAUUCAAUCUAUUUUUACCAAAAGGAGUUACAAUUUAAUCCAAAUGAUGAUAAACAAGGGGAAUGUAUUUUUAUACCAUCAACCGAAAAGACCACAAUACAUUUAUGCUACUAUAUUUGUAGUUGAAUGAACGUUUUAAUCAAUAGGAAAGGAGGAGAAAUUUGGAGGAUUAAUUGUAUUUAAAGCAAUUUCCAGAUUAUCAACAAUUUAAUAACAAACAAAUUGCGUAAAAAAAACAACUGAAAACAAGGAUAAACACCUUAGGUACUAACCGAGUAAACAAAACAUCAUCAUCGGAAAAUCUAAUAAUAAGCGACGAUUAAUCAGUUUAUUUGUUUACUUUAAAGUUUAUUUUAAUUAAUUGUUAAUCAUUUAACAUGGUUUAUAAUUAGUUGACUGGUUAGCAACUGAGGAUUGACCAUUUAGUUAAUUGUGUGUUGAUAAAAAAGCAAAUUACGCUCUGUCCUUGAGAGUAACAAGUUAAACAACUCACAGAAACUCAUCAUUAUCAAGAUUCACACUUAAUUAACGGACAAUUUAUUUGAUGAAAGAAAAAUUUACUCUCCACCUUUAAAUUGUAAUUACAAUUAAUACUCACGUGUACCUCUGGUAAUAUAAAUAUUAACCAUAAACUUUGAGCUCUUUUCAUUAAAUCAAUUGUUGCCUUCGAGUAAACAUCAAGUAAAUCAAGUAAAUAUCUUGUUGAUUGUCGAGUGAAAUUGUAAUUAAACUAUUCUAAUUUGUUUGUUUCAAUAAUUUCCUAGCAAAGAAUUAAUUUAAAUCAUGAAUUUCUUGUUAAUUGUUACCUUUAUUUCACUAAUUGCAACAGUUUAUGGAUUUGAACCUCCGAGAAAACCAUGUGAAAAAGUUGAUCAAUUCUCUCAGUUAAUUAGUAUCGUUUCUUACAACAAUUCAAAUGAAACUUAUUGGCAAGCGACACCAGGAAAGGAAAUGAAAGUUGAUUUCAUUUUCGUGGCUAAGGAAGGUUUCGGUAAAAUUGAACAAGCAAUUUACGCCAUUUUAGAUCCUAAAGGUGGUCCCGGUGGUAAACCAUUGGAAUUGUCUUACGAGAAACCGGAAGAUGCUUGUAAAUUUAUCAAUUCUACUUCCUGUCCAUCAGAAGGAAUUAAAAAAGAUCAACCUUACCGAAUGAAUUUAUCAUUUGUUGUUCCUGCUGCAGUUCCAAAGAUCGCAUUGGAGGUUCGAUUCAUAGUCAGGGAAACAAUUACAUCUAAACGAUUAACAAGACUACAGAAAACUAAUUGGAUGAAACAUCCAGGGAAAAUGAUUAUUUGCUAUCGACUUCCAGUCCAAGUGGUUUACAAUUAAAUCAUCAUCGAGUUAAUUAUCAUCACAAUCAACAAUACAUACAAAACAGAAACUUAUUCAAUAACUAUUAAUAUAAUAAUCAUCACUUUGGAUCAACAUUAUCAUCACUUUUUUAGUAACAAUUUGAUUAACUGAAUUUAACUAAACUGUAAAUAACUGAUUUGAUUAUUAGAGUUAAACAAAAUAAAUUAUUUUUUUUACAAUUG